CUACACAGGGAAAAGCAGUAUCAGUGACUGCAAACCUUGUUUUCCAGGUCUGAUCAGUUCAGAGGACAGAGUGGACUGUAGGCUGUGUCCUGCAGGUUUCUCAUGUGAUCCAGCCAAUGGGACCCUCUCUUUAUGCCCCCCGGGACAACAUUCUCCUGAGGGGGUCCUACAGUGUCUGACGUGCCCUGUAGAUUCUGUCUGCACUUCUGGAUUUCCUAUUAAGUGUCGACCUGGCAGGGAGCCCAACGUAGAUCACACCGUGUGUAAUGACUGUCCACCGGGCUUUUAUUCCACUGUAUGCACUAUCCAGUGCCUGCAGUGUCCAGCAGGAAGCUAUUGUCCAGAUAGCGGGAUGUCACAGCCGCUCCCCUGUCCUCCUAGUUGGACUUCCACACCUGGGCAGACUUACUGCCGUAGCUGUAAUGACACAUCUUUGCUGUGUGGGGGAGCUGUGACCCCCCGCUGGAGCCAGCCAGUCCACAGGUCCAGUCAAACAAUCAGCUGUCGACCAGGAACAUACAAAGACAUGAGGGAAGAGGUAGCAUGUGUGGUCUGUCCAAUAGGUCAUUACUGUGUGGGAGGUGUAGCUCUACCCUGUCCUGCAGGGACUUACGGCCCCAAUGAAGGUCUGCAGAGACUGAGAGACUGCACAAUAUGUCCUGCAGGGUUUUACUGUCUGGAAGGCAGCUCACGGAGACCCACCUCCCGUUUCCUCUGCACACAGGGCUAUUACUGUGAGGAGGGCACUGUCGCCCCUCACGGGUCACCUUGCCCUGCUGGUACAGCGGGAGAACAACUGGGUCAGACAAGUAGGGCAGCCUGCAAGAGAUGCAGAGAAGGACGCUUCUGUCCUGCAGGCUCAUCUGGUCCUGGCUUACCCUGUGCUCGGGGGAGAUACUGUCCUGCUGGCACCUUGGAAGAAGUGAUUUGUCCUCGAGGCACCUUCACCCCUCAUCAAGGAGCAAUAAGUGUGAAGGACUGUCUCAAAUGCCCGGCUGGUUUUUACUGUCCUGAGGGGAGAAGCGACCCUGUGCCCUGUCCACCAGGCUCCUUUAACCCCUUAGAGGGUCAGGAUGAGUUGGCUGAUUGCAGGGAGUGCUAUGCAGGGAAGGCCUGCACACAGGUAGCCCUGAGGGCCCCCGAUGUGGAAUGCAUGCAAGGGUAUGUGUGUCCCCCUGGUUCCUCUAAACCCAACGCGGCGACCAAUGCCUGUCCACCAGGGACGCUGAGCAAUCGCACUGACCUCACUGACCGCUCACACUGUCAGCAGUGCCCAGUGCGAUAUGCCUGUCUACGAGGAACUGGUGGUAUCCAGAGACCACCACUCUCCUGCUUUGCAGGGCAUUAUUGUCCCCCUGGAACUAUGUUCCCCACCCAGUACAAGUGUCCUGUGGGGACAUGGAGUAGUCACAGUGGGUUGGAAAAUGAAAGUGAGUGUCGGCCAUGCCCACAGGGCUGGUACUGUUUGGCUGGAUCUGGAGCUCCGUCAGGUCGAUGCAGCUCUGGACACUACUGUCCUGACGGGACUGCAUAUGGCACCCAGUUUCCUUGCCCUGCGGGAACCUACAGCAUCCACAUGGGCAACAGAUACCGAGAAGAUUGCCUAAUUUGUCCUAAAGGCUCAUUCUGUCAAAAGGGCACCUCCAAACCUUCCCCCUGCCCACUAUCCACAUUUCGCCAUCUGAAAGGAGGUCGGAGGCUGGAGGACUGCUUUGCUUGCCCUGCUGGCUAUUUUUGUCCCCACUCAGCCAUUGUCAACCCCAGAGUGUGUGGAGCUGGCAGCUACUCUGAUGAGGGCUCUGCGGGGUGUUCUCCAUGCCUGCAGGGCCACUACUGCAGUAAUGAGACCACUAGUGAGGAAGCCAUGUUAAGCAUCAUGGUGUGCCCCCCAGGCUUUCUCUGCUCUCAGGGUUUGGCCCGAGACCCUCAGCGCUCAGCCACCCUCUGUCCUCGAGGCUUCUACUGCCCCGGAGGAGGCAUUGAUCCCAACCCCAUUCCUUGCCCCAAUGGUACCUACAGUGAAUCUCCAGGUCUGCGUGAUGCCAGCGAGUGUGUCCAGUGUCCGGAGGGGAAGUACUGUUACUCCCAGCAGCCUCAGGAGCAGCCUAUUACCAGACCUACAGGCAUGUGUCCUCACGGGCACUAUUGCCCCAGAGGGACUGGCUACCCCAACACCUACCCCUGUCAGUCUGGCCAAUAUAGGAACAACACUCUUGGUCACAGUGGAGAAACAUGUGUUUCAUGUCCAUCCAGGCAUUACUGCGACAGACUAGGAACUCACAUGCCCUCAGUCUGCCCUCGGGGCUGUUACUGUCCGGAGGGCACUUCUACUCCGGAACCUUGUCCUGAAGGAACCUACAGCUCCCGUUCAGCUCUCAGUGACGGGUCUGAGUGCUCCCCUUGUGGCGGAGGACAGUAUUGCACCAGUGUGGGACUCUCAGAGCCCUCGGGAAGCUGCAAAGAGCGCUUCUACUGUAGAGAGGGAGCCACGUCUGCAACUCCUGCGGAUGGGCCUACAGGAGGUUUGUGUCCAGCAGGAAGUUACUGUCCUCUAGCUUCGUCCUCUCCCCGACCCUGUCCCCCCGGCACCUUCAGCAACAGCACUGGCCUCAGCAGACCUGAAGAGUGUGCCAGCUGUCCACCCGGUUUCUAUUGUUUAGGUUCCAACAACACCUCACCUUCAGGUCCUUGUUUUCCUGGUUUCUACUGCACUGGUGGCUCAGCGUCACCUGUUCAGAAUGAAGCAGAGGAGGGUUAUUAUACCUUGGAGAGGGCAGCGAGGCCACAACCGUGUCCUCUUGGCACUUUUCAGCCACGUCAAGGUGCACAGUCAUGUGUGGAGUGUCAGGGAGGCAGACUGUGUAACCAGACAGGCUUGUCCCACCCACCACUGUGUCCCAGAGGACACUUCUGUCCUCCGGGGUCUUCUGUUGCUCGACCCUGUCCUCCAGGCUAUUACUCUGACCAGCCUGGCAGUGACGCUGUGCAGCACUGUCGGCCAUGCGAGGCUGGUUGGUUCUGCAGCCGAGCCGGUCUGUCUGACCCUCAGGGUCUCUGUGACCCGGGACACUACUGCACCUCUGGAGCCUCCACUGCCACUCCGGUGGCCGUGGCCUCUGGAGGUGUAUGUUCUGCAGGCUACAUCUGUCCACGAGGGACCAUGUACCCCCAGCAGCACCCCUGCCCUGUAGGAACCUGGAGCAACACUGUGGGAGGCCAAAACCUGUCCUCCUGCUGGCCUUGCCCUCCAGGACUCUACUGCAACAAUACUGGACUCAGCCAGCCCUCAGGAAUCUGUGAUACAGGGUAUUACUGUUCAGGAGGGGCAGUGUCUUCAAUUCCCUCAGACGGACUGACGGGGGACAUUUGUCCAAUUGGAUACUACUGUCCCAUGGGCUCAACUUCUCCUGUGCUCUGCCCUGAUGGGACGUACUCAAACUUUACAGGGGCAGAAGAGUGUGGUGACUGCCUCUCAGGGACCUACUGUCUCUCAGGAGAAGGUGUCCAGGCCUGCCCAGCCGGACACUACUGUUUAGGUGGCGGUGUUGAGGGUAUCCUGCCCUGCCCUCCUGGCACAUACAGCCCUCAGUUUGGCCUCAGCCAAGUGGAGCAGUGCCUCGUUUGUCCAGCAGGGUUCUACUGUGAGGACUGGGGUCUCUUUGAACCUACUGGACCCUGUCAGACUGGUUACUACUGCAUAGCAGGCGUGAACUUUCAGAACCCAGAUGGUAACUUCAGCACAGGAGUGGGAGGAGCCUGUCCAAAGGGGAAGUACUGUCCUGAAGGCACCAGUCUCCCACUGCCCUGCCCACCAGGAACCUACUCUGACAGUCUUCAUCUGACAGACAACCUUGGCUGUAGUCCAUGUCCAGCGGGUCACUUAUGUGGCACUGCAGGUCUCACUCGUCCAUCUGGAUUGUGUCAAGCAGGAUUUUACUGUCCAGGGGGAGAUACAUCAGCUACAGGCUCAGAAGGAGGUCUUUGCCCACCAGGUCAUUACUGCCCUGAGGGUAGUGCUAGCUCUGUGCCAUGCCCAGCUGGAGCCUACACCAUCCUUACGGGCCAGUCAGUAUGUUACCGCUGCCCUGCUGGCUACUACUGUCCAGAGAAGACUGCCAACUUCACCGAGUUCCCCUGUCCCCCUGGCUUCUAUUGUCCUGAUGGUACAAGGCAUGCCACUCAGUUCCCCUGUCCUCGUGGAUACUACAACCCAGAGCCCAUGACUCAGAGUCUGGACAGCUGCCUGCCUUGUCCUCCAGGACACUACUGUGAGAAGGAGAGGCUGACCAAAGUGUCUGGAAAAUGCAAGUCUGGUUGGUUCUGUGUGUCAGCAGCAUGGAACUCACAGCCUUUUGACCUGGACAAUUACACAAAUGCCAACUGUCUUUGUCCAGCUACAUCCACAGGGGGGCGCUGCCAGGUGGGCUUUUACUGCCCCUUGGGUAGCUCAGAGCCUGUGCCUUGUCCACCUGGAGCCUUCUGUAACAUCUCAGGUUUGGCUCUACCGAUGGGUCCCUGCUUCCCUGGGUAUUACUGUGUUGGAGGAGCCACUGAAGCCAGACCAACAGAUGGAGAAACAGGCAGCGUCUGUCCACCUGGGGCAUACUGUGUUGAGGGCUCAGGAGAGCCAGAGUCGUGUCCAGCUGGUACGUUCUCCUCAGUGCCAGGUCUAACCAGUGAGGCUGGCUGUCAGCCCUGUACCGCAGGUUUCUACUGCAGAGGAGCAGGUCUGAGGGCUCCGACUGGACCAUGCGGCCAAGGCUAUUGGUGCCCACCUGGUCAGACUGGAGCUACAGCUCUGCCGUGUCCUGCAGGCCACUUCUGCUCACAGGGUAGUGGAGCUCCAGAGCCCUGCCCGUCAGGAACCUACCAGGACAGAGAGAAACAGGCAGUCUGCGCUGUCUGUGAGGCGGGUUACUACUGUGAUUUGAGACUAGCCAAUGCCUCUUUUCUGAGGCCCUGCCCUAAAGGACACUACUGCCCUGCAGCUACAGCCCUGCCCAACCAACACCCCUGUCCCAUAGGCUACUUCAACCCGAGACUGCAUACAACCAGCCUCACAGGCUGCAUGCCAUGUGCUGCUGGACAGUACUGUCCUUCUGUGGGACUUUCAGAGCCGGCAGGACCAUGCAAUGCUGGUUAUUGGUGCAGAGAGGGAGCAUCAUCUCCCAGCCCACUGGAUGGACUCUCCGGUUCCUUGUGUCCGCCUGGUCAAUACUGCCCCUCAGGCACCGCAGCUCCUGUGGCAUGCCCUGAAGGAAGCUGGUCCAACAGCUCAGGCCUGCGUAUCCAGGAAGACUGCAAACCCUGUCGAGGGGGGUUUUUCUGCGACUCUGCCGGACUCACUAAACCUAGUGGGCCCUGCAGUGGGAGAUAUUACUGUGUAGAGGGAGCCACUACUUCCACUCCUACUGAUGGAAUUACAGGGGGACCAUGUCCUGAGGGUUACUACUGCCCAGAGGGAACUGUUCAACCUAUUCCAUGUGAUCCAGGGACAUAUGUUGCUGUUACACAUGCUACUCAGUGUGAGCCUUGUGUGCCAGGCUGGUACUGUGUGUCUGGCUCUCUUUACUUGUGUCCUACAGGCUUUUACUGCCCCAAAGGAACCGGAUUUGACUUGAGAGGCUGUCCAGAGGGAACUUACGGUCCUGACCCCGGCUACUGGUCCGUUUCUCAGUGCAGGCAGUGUGACGGCGGCCAUUACUGCUCUUCCAGAAAUGGCACAGCUGUUACUGGACAAUGUCAGGAAGGACAUUACUGCUCACAUGGAAACACCUCUCCACAACCUCUCUCACAGGCUGCAGAAAAGGGAGGACCAUGUCCUGCCGGUCAUUACUGCCCCCAGGCCACCAUCCAUCCUCUGCCCUGUCCACGUGGAACAUUUUCUAAUCACACCAAAUUAGUCUCCCAGGAGGAUUGCCAGCCAUGUCUCCCUGGUUACUAUUGCGAUGCUGCGGGACUCUCAGCACCUACGAGUGAAUGCUGGGAAGGUUUCUUCUGUCUGGGGGGUGCAGAUCGCCCUGACCCUCCUUUGAGAGACAGCCGGGGAGGACCGUGUGCAAAAGGUUAUUACUGUUCUGAGGGCUCUGCAGCUCCAAAGCAGUGCCCCGUGGGAACCAUCAGUACAGAGGAAGGCAGAGCCAGCUGCAGCGCCUGUCCCCAGGGUUUUCAUUGUCCUGGCAGUCAUAAUGGCUCUCUGUCGAGGACUUAUGAAUGUCCAGUGGGUCAUUACUGCCCGUCCGGGACCUGGUCCAAACACCAGUACCCGUGUCCAGCUGGAUCCAUCAACCCCCUUACUCGGAUGGCACAACCCCAGGACUGCUUGCCCUGUCCUCCAGGCUCCUUCUGUUUGUCCCCUGGGAAGGAUGUUGCAUCAGGCCAGUGUGAUGCAGGGUAUUACUGCGUAUCUGGGGCCUGGUCACCCACACCCGAGGAUGGAGGGACGACAGGUGACAGAUGUCCUGAAGGUCAUUACUGUCCGCAAGGCUCCUCGGCACCACUGGCCUGUCCCAAAGGACAUUACAGCAACACAACCAGAAACGGUUAUCUCUCAGACUGCCUGCCUUGUCCUCCAGGUUUGCUGUGUGUCACCAGAGGGCUCUCUUUCCCUUCUCAUAUCUGUCCAGCUGGCUCUUACUGUCCAGGCAAAGAAAACAGCAGUCAGCAAGCCUCUAUACCCUGUGCACCUGGAAAUAUGUGCCCAGCUGGAUCUGAUAGACCGGUACCUUGCUUACUAGGGACCUACCAGGAUUUACCCGGGCAGGCCGAGUGUGUUGAAUGUCCAGCAGGAUUGUUCUGUGCUGGCUCAGUGGAUGCUGACACUGGGCACGUGUCUGGUCCUCUCACUCCCACGCUGUGUCCUAAAGGACACUAUUGCCCACCAGGAACACAGUCUGGUGUAGCAUUCCCUUGCCCAGCUGGUGCCUUCAGCAGGCAGAUGGGGUUGUCCAAUAAGUCGGGCUGUGCGCUCUGCCCUCCAGGGAGAUAUUGCAGUUCCUCUGGUCUGGCUGCUCCCACUGGGGUCUGCUCUCCUGGUUACCUCUGUAUCCACGGUUCUGUUUCUGCCCAGCCAGAGGAGGGCCCAACAGGAGGCCGCUGCUCUACAGGGUCCUAUUGCCCCCAGGGUACCAGCUAUAUGAUUCCCUGCCCAGCCGGCACAUUCAGCUACAUAGACGGGGCGGUUUCUAUAGAAGUAUGUCAGUCCUGUUUACCUGGCCAUUACUGCUCUGAGGUUGGCCUCUCCUCCCCAUCUGGGCCCUGCAACCCAGGCUUCUACUGCAGAGAGGGAUCCAGAACGGCCACACCUUGGGGUAAUACCACAGUUACAGGAUAUACCACAUCGCCAUCCACACAUCCUGUCAAUUCAACCCUGGGUCAGUUCCAUGGUGGUGUGUGUCCUGCAGGCCACUUCUGUCCUAAAGGGAGUGCAAAGCCAAGCCCCUGUCCUCCAGGCACUUUCUUGGGGAGGUCUGCAGCUGAGUCGGAGGCUCAUUGUGAAGCUUGUUACCCGGGUUCUUACUGCCCGUCGUGGGCUCAGACCUCUGCCGACCUCCUCUGUCCCCCGGGGUGGUUCUGUCCACCAGGAUCAGCAUCUGGACAUCAGCCAGGACGUCAGUGCCCACCUGGCCAUGCGUGCCCACAUGGUUUCUACUGUAUGGAGGGUUCGUCUGUGCCAUCGCCGUGUCCGAUGGGCAGUGUCAGUGCAUCAGCUGGCAGGACGUCCCCGACUGACUGCUCCCCCUGCCCCUCUGGCUCUUUCUGUAACAGCAGUGCUCUGACAGAGCCGUCUGGACCCUGCAGCCCAGGACAUUUUUGUUCCCUGGGGUCCACUGAGCCUUCCCCUGUCUCCCAGCCUUACGGAGAUGUUUGUCCCUUGGGACACGUCUGUCCUCAGGGUUGUGGGUUGCCCAAACCCUGUCCUGCUGGAUUCUUCCUCCCAGAUCCUGGAGCUUCCUCCCCCACUCAGUGCCACCGCUGCCCCCCAGGGAAAUACUGCCUAAGUCCUGGAGGCUCACAGCCCACAGGUCUGUGCUUUGCAGGUUUCUUCUGUUCUGCAGGUGCAGACAGCCCCACACCUCGGGCCAACUCCCCUUUGUUUAGCUGUCUAUGUGAUAUACUGGAGGUUUAUACCACAAAGACAGACGCCGCCCUCUGGAUUCACAAUCUGCCCUGCUUCAAUAACUCCAGUAAUUCUGGUAGCGGCGCUGGCUGGAUUAAAGUGGUAACUCCACCACAGGAAGAUCCAGACCAUAUUGUGAGUCACUCACUGCCAUGUCUCAAGAGUCCACAUUAUACCUGCUCCACCUACAGAGGAGAUAUAUGCCCUAAGGGUUUCUAUUGUCCUUUGGGCUCUGCCUACCCGCAGCCCUGUGAGGCCGGCUCUUACUGUAACCAGACUGGUUUAGAUGCCCCGGCAGGACCCUGUGCCGCAGGAUAUCACUGCCCCAAAGGCUCUUUAAAUCCCCAUGCCAGCCCUUGCUCCACAGGACACUACUGCCCCCCUGGAACUCCUCUUCCUCUGCCUUGUCCUGUUGGAACCAUACAAAGCUCCUUGGGUGGGUCUACAGUCGAGGCUUGCCAACAGUGUCCUCCAGGUCACUACUGCCACCAGAGAGGAAAAGCUGAGCCAAGUGGCCUGUGUGCACAAGGCUACUACUGUCCUGAGGGACAGAGCUCUGCGAGACCGCAACAAAAUGUCUGCUCAGUGGGACAUUAUUGUGAGAAGGGCAGUGUCAGGCAGACUGCUUGCCUUCCAGGUAGCUACCAGCUCAGACAAGGCCAGGGCAUCUGCGAGGCAUGCCCUGCUGGUUCCUAUUGUCGAGAACAAGGAAUGACCUUUCCACUUCCCUGUGAGAAAGGAUUUUAUUGCCCCAACGGAUCAGCAAAUCAACAUCCCUGUCCAGAAGGAACCUAUGGAAACAUGUCAGGACUGGUUGACGAAUGGCAGUGCUCACUGUGUGACCCUGGGGUGUACUGCAAAGGAGCAGGGAGGACUUUCCCGAGUGGGCCAUGCGCUGCAGGGUUUGUUUGUGUCGGUGGAGCAUCUGAACCUUCACCACAAGACAAUCUGACCGGAGUCCCCUGCCCUCCUGGCUUCUUCUGCUCUGGGAGGACUUCUGUACCAAAACCAUGCCCCAAAGGAACAUUCAGUAAGCAGAGCGGGCUUGUGGAUGAGUCUCAGUGUCGUAGCUGCAGUCCAGGCUUCUACUGUUCAGAGGCUGGCCUCUCUGCAGUCUCUGGACCCUGCCUGCCAGGUUUCUACUGUCUAGAGAGAUCCCAGACUGCUACUCCAAUGUUAAGGGUAUCUGGAGGUGUUUGUCCAGUGGGCCACUACUGUGCCGAGGGCAGCAGUGUACCCUCACCCUGCCCAGCUGGCUUUUAUCAAAAUGAGACUGGAGGGAAAGGCAAAGAUUACUGCAAAACAUGCCCGCUUGGCUGGUUCCAGGAUGUAUCAGGCCAGAAGGAGUGUAAUCCUUGUCCUCCUGGGUUUCACUGCCAGCCCCCGAGUCCUAGCCCCACGAGAGGGAGCUCCACUGGAGUCUCCAGCCCUCUGCCCUGCCCAGCUGGCUACAUCUGUCCCAGAGAGAGUCAAGACAGUCAGCCUCUUCCCUGCCCUAAAGGCACCUACAGCCCCAGCCACGGUCUCACCACCACAGGUGAGUGCUUAGUGUGUCCAGCGGGUCAGUUUUGUGGGUCAGAAGGUUUGGUUGAACCUUCAGGAUCGGUGUGCUUCUGGGUUCCUUUGUCUGAUGGGUGCCACAGUGCCGAACCCGACUGACGACAGAACUGGAUCGCUCUGUCCACCGGGGAUUUUCUGCCAACAGGGGCUAAAAGCAGGUGAUUGCUGGGCAGGGUUUUAUUGCGACUGGGGCUCUAGCAGAGCAGAUAACGCUCUGUGCCCAGCUGGUUUCUUCUGCCCCGGUGGAACGCCAGUCCCCAUGCCUUGUCCUGCAGGAACAUUUAGCUCAGAAACGGGC